AUGUCGAGCUCUAAAAUUGCCCUCCUUAUCCUGGUCAUUGUUUGUUUGGUCCUCAUCGCCUGGGCUCGACCCCGGUCCCGAUCAUCGAUAUACAACGAGGUCACAUCCCUGCCGGCGGAGCGGAGGAUGAGCAACGAAAUAAUGGACCAGAUAUCGCCCUUGAGGAGGCCACACAAGCGAAACUUCUUCCUGAAGAAGCGCCCUUUCGUCGGCUCCAAGAUGAUGAUGUCCCGGAGUCCAUUCCUCGAUCGUUUCUACAGUGAUCUUCAGCCCGAGAUCGCUGCCGGUGGAGCCAACUACUUUGGCAAUGAAGUCAUGCCACUGCCCACCUACGAAAUCCUGGAACCAGAAUCUUUGUUUUAG